AUGUUUUCACAAUCAAUGGCGAGUAAACAGAAACUAUCAUCACUAAAAAUAACUCCAAAUUUAUGUGAAAUAUCAACCGAAUAUCCUACAUUGAAAGAAUAUUUUACUCCUCGUCAUCUAUGUACAAGUACAAAACCAGAAAUUUCUCAAACGAUUCAGAUUGAUAAAUUCUCAAAUAGAACAAUAAAUCAAGAUCAAGAUCGACACGUUAAAGAACCGAAGACACAUUCAAAAAAUGCCACAGAACAUACAGAAGUAAUCAAAUUAUUUCAAUAUUAA